AUGCCCUUAGUAUCAGACUUUCCAGAACCACCUACGAAAGAGACUUUGGAGGAUGCUCGACGAGCACUUGAGACGAUACGUACCUCGAUGCAGGAGCUGACCACCAAAAUCGAUGUUGCAGAAGCAACUUUGGCCCAAAUCGUUCGCGAGUCUCAAUACGCUAUCAACGAGCUGCAAGCACAGCGUUCCGUUCUCGAAAAGCAGGUCGCAAAGACCAUGGCCUAUCUCAGUCCAAUUCGGAGGCUUCCAAUGGAACUACUCAGAGAAGUCUUCAUGUGGACGUAUGAGGACCAUCCUUGCUCGGCGUGGGUGUUGGCAGCUGUGUCUAGGUCAUGGAGACGAUUAGCACUGAAGACGCCUCUCAUCUGGUCGAAAAUUCGUCUUCUAACGACGCAACAUUCGUCCGCAGACACAAUUCGGCUAUGGAUUGAGCGCUCGGGAGAUAAUGUUCCCCUUGAUAUUGAGAUUUUCCUGCGGGUCGCAAAUACGAAACACAGCCCAGAAGCUACUGCAAUUCGAACGAGACGUACGUCUUCGCCGCUAACACCUAUUUCAAUUCCUGGUUGGAACAUCUCCUUUCCAGCUCAGAACUCUUCACCCCAUUUUGUUGUCGCUCAUGCUCCACUUCCUCCAACUGUAGGAAAUGUCGCCAUCAUAAUGCCUCCUUCUCCUCCCCCUCAUCUCGACGGCUGGGGCACGUCCUCCGCUGUUGAAAAAACAACAAACACUAUAUCCAAAGCCAGCAUGCACUGGGGACAUAUCGCGUUUUUCUACCUAGUAGAACAAAUGCAUCGAUGGGAGAGGUUCGUGUUCCGGUUCGAUAAGCAAUUCACAUCAAUGGGAGCGUUGAAAUCCAUAAAUGGAGAUGCACCUCUUUUGAAAGAGUUCGAAGUGUCAAGCACGGAAGCGGGUUUCUUUGCGGAAUGGCCGUGGCUGCCUAACGUGAAUGCUUCUUCUUCAUCAGUAAUUCUGCCACAACUACGGUCCCUUACGCUUCAGCAUACUCCCUUCAAAUGGUCCUCCCCUAUGCUUCGUGGUCUUCAUAAAAUUCACCUGCGUGGUCUUCCAACAUCGCAUCUACCUUUAGACAGGGUUUUGCACAUCCUGUCAAACAACCCUCAACUAAAAACUGUUUCACUUCAUUUUCAGGGCAUCCUGCCUGCUAUUCUUCCACUAAGCGUGUUAGUUCUCCCCCAUGUGACUUCACUGACUCUAGGAGGGCACUUCCUUCUCACACAACUUCUCGAAUCCCUGACCCUUCCAAGCUUGGAAUCUCUAACAUUAGACAUCGAACCUAGAGAUACAGUUGAAGAUGUCAUUUCCGGCCUCCUCACACGCUCCGGUCGGCCUCCUCUUCAACAUCUUUCGUUAGCAUAUAGCGCCGGUCCUAACUCAACGACCUUAUACUAUGGGCCUAGUGGUCUUGUCGUACAUUGGACGGCCCUUCUCUCAGAGCUUAUACACUUGAAAACUUUGAACAUUGGUGGUACCUCACUCGAGAUUUUACUCACGGCACUGGGUUCACCGGAGGACGAUCCGAGUCAAAACCAAAAUCCGGUGUGGGCAUGCCCAGCAUUGGAAGUCUUGGGCCUUCGCAGCUGUCAUGCUCAUAAUGAGGGGGUGAACAAACUAGUCCAAAUGGUUGAAGCCAGGAACCCACACAGUGGAACAGCACAGGUGGUUGGUGGUGUUACCCCAGUAAGAUUAUCGCGACUUGAACUGCAUGAAUGUACGAAUCUGGGGGAAGAUGUGAUGCAUUGGCUGAAUACGAGAAUUGGAGAGGUUAUUUGUUCUGAUCCCACUGAAAGCACACUAUAG